ACCUAUUUAUAAUGAAAGACAAGGGCGCUACAUCGGCCUCGGUAGCAUUAUAGAUAGGAUGGAAUCUUAAACAUAAGGCAUAGCCAAGCACUGAUGUGAUGACUUCCCCUAUACAUUAUUAUACUCUUUGGUGAUGACGCGGGAAGUUUUCAAUUGUUUGCCACGUCAAGUAUUAAUUUUGUCUCACCGUCGCGUCGUGAAUUGUGAAAAGAAAAUACAAAAAUAUGAUAAAUUUAUAGCAAAAUUUAUAAGAAAAAAAAUGGUUAUCAAAACAGUGUCCAUUUCCAAACCUCGUCCUCAGCGGUUCUUGCACGAGCGAGCGAGUCCGCCGGGAGUGGCCGCCUGGACACGUCGUGCCGUAGACGCCCCGCCGCCGCCAAACGCUCGGAGCCCCGCGGGCCCCACGCCGGCGCCGCAAUUUGCUUUCGUAGAAAGUAAGUGGUUGCGACUCCAGGAGUCUCGCAGUAACGACGCGGUUGUUGCAGAGGCCGCGUGGCGCCGCUCGCGCUCUCCGAUCUCGCAGCGCACCGCCGCGUCGCUCGCCGGCCACGCCGCAAACACGCGCGAGUCAGAAGCUGGAGACGUGAUCGAUCUAGGCGCCCCGCGCCUGUUGCUGCGGCGGGCGCCAGCCGAGCCCCGGCAGCCAGGCCGGCCGCGGACUCGGCAGCCCUACACGCCCAACCCGCGCCUGUACCCGGGGCCCCGGCCCAAGCCCAAGCUGAGACCCAAGCGUGCCGAUCCUCGCGGAAACGAAGGCCGUGGCCGACGCCGCAACCGCGUGUUCCGGCGGCCAGUGCCGAAUGCGCGCUUGUACCGGCCCGCGCCCCCACGCCCCCCUCCCCCGCCCGCCUGGCCGCGCGCUACCUGGCCGCCGCCCGUACCUGCCGCGCGGCUCGAAACCGCGUCUCGCGCAGCUUUGCGCUUGAGCGAGCAACGGCGCGGCUUCCGCGCACCACAGCGUUCCCUGCGUUCACCGGUUCGUCCCGAGCGCUUGCCAGUCCGCGCUACACGUUCACCCGCGCGCCGGCGUUCGCCAGCGUCGGCACAGCCCUCGGGGACCGUCUCGCUCUCGCAGCCCUCGCGGCGCCUGGUGGUGACUCUGCCGGCGCCGCCCAGCGACUUCGUCUCGCCGCCGCCUCGCUACCGGCCCGCGAGCGAGCACUUCCGGCUGCGCUCGCAGAACACGGAGUCAGGCGCGUCGAGCCCGGUGGCGGGCCGGCCGGUUCUGGGCUCUCCUGUGCCUGCCGCCGCGCCCGCCAUGGACACCGGAAACAGACAUUCCACCAGUCCGGAGGACUGUUCCGACGGUAACGAGACCUUGUCCGCGCCCAGCGAAUUCCUGGCGGAGUUCCUGUCGGCCAUUAUGCGGCGUCAGUACGCGGAGGCGCUGAAGUACUGCCGCCUGAUUCUCCAGUACGAGCCGCACAACGCCACGGCGCGCGGCUUCUACCCGCUGCUGCAGCACAAGCUGCGCGCGCAGCCCGCGCCCGGGGCGGCCGGGGCGACCGGGGCGGCCGGGCCGGCCGGGGCGACCGGGGCGGCCGGGCCGGCCCGGGCUCAAGGCGCGGACGACUCGGACGGCCCGGCGUCAGGCUCGGCGUCGCGCUCCUCUUCGCGGUCGCGCGGUUCGUGCGCGUCGCAGUCCUCGCUGGAGCUCGACUCGUCCGACGCGCUGGCGCACUCCUCGCCCAGCGCCUCGCUCAGUCGCCGCACGGAGCACUCGGACAGCGCGGCGGGCUGCUGGGAGAGCACGGGCUCGGAGGACGACAACGGCAACGCGGCGGCGGCCGGGGGCGCGGCCGGGGGCGCGGGGGCGCGCGCGGCCGACGUGCACAACGACAACGUGCCCCGCGCGGACUCGUCUGCGUCGCUGCGCCGCCUGCGCGCGCAGUUCACGUGCUCCAUCAAGUGAGCCGUGGGCGAACUGCGCCGGUCCUGGCGUUGUCUUGUAUUAUACGCGUCCGUUCUUCGUCUAGAGUUUGCUUUAUUUGUUGUUAGACUAUAUCUCUCUGUAGGACCAAUGGUGGAGCAUAUCUUUCUUUGUAAUUGUCGUCGUGUACUCGAUGUCUAGUAUCGUGUCGCCUAGUGUGGCUGCUGCCCACUUAUUCAUUCCAUGCGCCUGCAACGACCAGCUCACUCGCCCAUUCUCUGACUUCUGAGCUGCGUGGGAUGCAGACUGAUAAAUAUUUCAAUGCCCUAAGAAACUCUUUAUGCCGUAAGUAUUUACGUCCACGUCCCGUCGGAAGCGAUUUGUCGGCCGCGAAUUCAAGUUAUUCACGUACAGUUUGCGACUGCUUUUGUUUACCAACGAUGUAUUAUAGGAUGCAUCGCACAAAAUAGCAGCAGAUUGACUUGAUUAGUGGUGCUUACAAAAAUCUACAGCAUAGGUGACUGAUGAUCAUGAUCUGUAAGUAGGACGUGUCGUCUGUACGGGCUGAGCGGCUGAGUGUAACGAGAAGACUGAAUGACGUGCCCGCGCAGUCUCGACUGUGACGGUCCACUUUACCUGCAUUCGUAACAUGGCAACAUUUUGUCGAAGUAAGUACGUGCGUAGUGGAUUUUCUCAUUAUUCUAUGGUUAUUCCCAUCAUUUACUUUUAAUUAAGUGUUAGGUUCCUAUGUGUAGGUACUUGCAAAAAGUUAAUGUACAUAAAGUUUAGGUUGAAAGCGUGAAAUAAUGAGACAAUAUACAAUGCGCCAACCAACUUACCUUCUUAGCAAAAUGUUCCUAUGGUGCGUGCCAGGUAUUACAAUUAUUGAUACAUAAGGUAGUACUUUUGGGCGAAAAACAAACCUAUUUCAGCUACAAAAUAUUUACUUCGAUUUGAUGUAAAUAUUAUUUCUAAUAGUUAUAAUUAUAAUAAUACGUAACAUGCAAGUGAUGCAAGUAUACGGGAGGUGAUAAUACAAGAAUGAUAAUACAAGUAAUGUUCGUACUAGGGACCUCAGAGCUAAUUUUGUAGGAAAUUAGUUGUAUUAUCACCUCCCGGACAUAUUCCAUGUUGGAUUGUAAGUCAUUCUGUAAGUAUAUACCAAAUAUUUGUGAAUGAUACGGUUGGUAGGCCUACUUCCGAAUAUUCGCGUGAGGGCGGAUGUUACUAGGCUCAUGUUGACAUGCUCUAAAAAAAAGGCAUCAGCUAGAGUUAAGUGCAUGUUCAGUAUCGGAAAGCGAGUUGAGUGGAGGUACUAGUUUGUAACGGUAAUGGCACUAAUGUACCUAAGGUAAUGGCGUCUAGCUAUUCAUUAAACGUUCACUAUUGACGAGUAGCAACCUACACGAGGCCUACAUCUGACCGAGCCAUUACAUUGAACGUGUUGAGAUAUAGGUAACACACGCUGACGUAAUGCCUCUCGACCUGCUUACUAUGAAACAUGAGGUAGGUGCCGAGCGAUUCAGGGAUGUAGGUAUAAUUAUAUUAUUUGGUUUUUGUAUGUUAUACAUAAAUACUUGCACUGCGCGCCGUGCGCCCUCUGCCGGAACUAUUACUGAUGGGUACAAUGGAACGGUGGAAUUAAAUAUGUACCUAUAUCUGUUUGUAAGGAAAU